UCUAUUUUUGUGCGACACGUUUUCUAGCUGGUUUGCCGGUCCACGAGAACGUCUUUAUACAGGAGGAAGAGCUUUCAAGCUCCUCAGGUGUCUGCUGUCCGUCGUACGAAUCAUCUGUCACUAUGGAAGAAGACGAGCAAAAAACUGCAGUGAUGCGCAAAGCAUUCCAAAUGUUUGAUACGACGAAGAGCGGUUUCAUUGACACUCUCAAGAUCUCUACCGUCCUAAACACUAUGGGUCAAUUAUUUGAUGAUUCAGAAUUAAAUGCCAUGAUCGCAGAAAAUGACCCUGAUAAAACCGGAAAGGUCAAUUUUGAUGGAUUCUGCAGGAUCGCUGGUCCUUUCCUUGAGGAAGAAGAUGCGGAAGCGAUGCAGGAAGAACUAAAAGAAGCUUUCCGGCUUUAUGACAGAGAAGGAAACGGUUACAUUACAACUGCUACUUUAAAGGAAAUUUUAGCUGCCUUGGACGAUAAGCUUAACAACUCUGACCUUGAUGGAAUCAUCGCUGAAAUCGAUACUGAUGGUUCUGGUACUGUGGACUUUGAUGAGUUCAUGGAGAUGAUGACUGGAGAAUGAGACUUUUCAUUGGAUCACCAUCAAAAGGUUCUUCAAAGAUUUCUUCAAACCUCGAAAGACAUUCACAUUUUUCGAUGUUCCAUUUUCAAAAUCACAAACCUCCACAAGUUUAAAUUUAUUAAUAAAGUAUUUAUUACAUUUCAA